AUGUCGGCGCUGUCUGAAAUGAACGGGAGGCCGCUCCACGUCCGGCAGCAGCAGUUCCAGAAAGAGAGCCAGUACAGAAACAUGCUAAAGGACCAGAUCGAGGAGAAUAAGAAGAGGAAGGAAGCCGAGAAAGCCAAGCUGGACGAGGAAAAGCGACUGGAGUUAGAGGAAGUGCGACGCUUGCAGGGAAUGUCGGGACCGCGUAGACAGCAGCACGCACAGUUUCAAGAGUCGCCUGACCAUCCCCUUCCGUCUCCGGGUAGGCUCCCCCCCGCCAAACAUAGCCAUGCUACAGUUGGCCGGCACCAGCACCAGCACCGCGGCGGCAACGUCUCUGAUCGGGCAGGAGCGAUAGCCCCGGCGAACGGUAGCGCUAUGAAUGGGGGAUAUGCAUCGAUGAACCCGCCUGGAAUCAAUGAUCGCGGGUACGAGGGGGGGGGGCAGGGGCACCCUGGUGCGCCAGCAUACAGGCGGGAUCAGGUUAGCGGAGACUACAUGAGGCCAUACGCGCACCCACACCAGACAGACACUGCUGUAUAUGCUGGUGAUUAUGCUCCAGACGGCCGCCAAGACUUGGCGUCGGACGUCCAGGCCCGAACCCACACAUCAUCGCGGCGUUUUGACGAGUAUCGUCAGGGAUUCGGUGACGCAGGAAGGCCGCAGGGACGGUUGGACACGACGGGACAAGCCCGAGGCGCUGAGAGCGCGACCAGGAAACCAGCUUUCGAAGCGGAGGGGGUAAGCUCGGCACCACAAAGCAGUGAUAGUGUCCCUCGGGCGGACUUCGACGAGCUCAGCAACCUCUGCCGAGACCUCUUGCUGGAACAGAAGGAAUUGAGGCGAAAGUUGGAAGACCGCGAAGAGCGGGACCGCCUUGCCGCCGAAAGACCACGAGAGGAAAUGACUCGACGCCUCAAGAAGCACCAAGACAGAGAACACCAGCACCAGCGCGGUGUUGCACGCAGCGGGGGGGCGGGGGGGCGGCCUAGCGGAGGGACAACCAGUCGUAGUGGCGACAUAAUACGGCGGACCCAAUCUCUGUCCGGCUCAGGGGCAUCACGGAUGCAGGGCGGAAGCAACCCUAGUACCCUACGCCGCGAGCGCAAGCCGGUACCCAAGUCUGGCGUAGCGUUUGGGAGCACAAGGUCGCGCAUGCCAAGCCCCACGUUGGAAAAGCCGCGAGUCCCGCCGGAACCCGGGGCAAUCGCGACUCUCGAGUUACCAAGAGCGAGCCGAUCCCAAGGACGGAUCACCUCUCAGACCUCCGACCUACCAGGAAUGUGGUUACUACCAACGGUGACGCUGGCGGCAGUAGCGGGAAGCUGUUCGUUAACCGCGACGUUUCUGAUUCCGGGCGGCCUAGCAUCGCCUCCAAGGACAGCAGAGAUACCGGCAGUGAGCGCUUUGCAGAGCCAGAUCGCGCCGCACGGGGCAGCGACUGGGCGCCCCCGGAAGAGCGCGGCGGGGAUGACCGCGGAGCUCGUGCGUCGAAGGCUGGAGGCGGUGCAAGUAGUACCGUUUAUGGCCUGCUCAGUAGUGGAAAAGUCCUCGGUCGGGAAGGUUUUGGACGCGAAGAGGCUGAGUCUACGCACAGAGUCGGUGCCGACAGCAGGGACCGCACUGGUGGUGGCGAACUGGGCGGGGAGAGCACGUUUUUAGCGGCACACCCAAUGGACUCCGGUUUCACGGGUUUGGAAGGUGGGGCCUGGGCGUUGCGCAGAGGUGCGUAUUGAGGACGAACAACCAGUGCCGGCUCUUGGAAUUCUCGAUGCUGAGCCGUCGGGCUUCACGAUAUUGUCGCCUUCAAGCACAACUAUGGAAAUAUCAGUGGUUCUUGUUUUGGUGAUAAAUUUUUGUUUGCAGAAUAUGAUCUCGGUCAACUUGUAGGUCGGGCAACGCUUGCCAUCUCUCAUGAGGGGUAAGUCCAUCACGCAGGACGUUUGUCGUGGUUAAGAGGUUUAGGUUGUAGGUUCGUGUGGAAGUUCGCGUUGCGUGAUUUUGAAGAUUGAGGAGCUUCGUGGGAGGCGGGUACGAAUUGCCAUGCGUUGACACCUUGUUCGUUGUUGUUUUAACCCGCGGCGAUCAGUACAAAACCAUUUAUACCUUCGGGAAAAUGCUAGCGGGAGACCGUACCCCAUUCUCUUCAAAAUUGCCCUUGCAGGAUUGCCUCCAAUCCGAGGGCCGCUUUCCUUUGAUCUUUGGACGGAUUGGAAUUUGGUGUGUGACGGUGUGACGAACGACGGCGUCACGAAUGGGUGGAUGCGUAAAGACGGGCGUUCAGUGUGGUUG